UUAUGUUCGCUUUCCACAGAUGACGAAUUUCGUAAUAUCGUGUUCAAACAACCAGUCCCGAAUAAGAUAUUGAAGAAUCAUUUGAUCAAGACUGAGGAUGUGCCUAAUGAGGGGAGCUGUCGUGUGUUGUGUUAUAUGGACCCCGACUGCGUGUCCAUCAACCUUGGACCAUUUAUGCGAGGAAAACACAUAUGUCAGUUAAACAAUGCUACUGACAAAAGUCUCGCCAGUGAACGUGGUUUUACUCACCUUGCCAUUGAGGUAACGAGCACAUUUUAUUCAUCUCUUUGAGCUGUUUUGUGGUACCUGAGUGCAGAUAGAUUCUCUAGCCUCGAAGGAUGCAUUUAUGGACUUGUUCUUCCAUAUAAUCUUGAUGAUCAUAGCGUACUUCAAUAACAGGUGGCUCAAAUCACAUCCAUUAGAUUCUUGCACGAACCUCAAGAGCGGUGGAUGAAAUAUAAAAAUAAGAAAACCUAAGAAUUAAUCGUCCUUCACCGAAGCUUACAGUGAUUCCUUUAAAGUAUUUUUGAAGCCAAAACAAUCGAUGGGAAAAAUUUAUACGCAUAUAUGGUGACAACAUCUAAGAUAAGAUUACUUGGUGAUUUCAAUCAAGAGUUUAAGAAAUUUGGAAUGCGAGGGUUUUGUAUCACAGCACGCUGUUAUUUGCGCACGAAACUUGCAUCUCCUUAUCAAUCAGGCAUAAAAUUUGCUUGUGAUGAAUUUUAAAAAAUUCUUAAUGGCGCCUUAACACAUUUUCCUUUUUUAAGAGUUUGGAGAUGUUAUCAUAACAACUUUGGUUAUAAGUUUAAUGAAACGUGCUUCAUUUUAUAUUUGUUAUUGAAUAGAACCAUUGUGAUAGCGGCCCGUGUUUAAAUGGAGGCAUCUGCCAAGCUGGUUUCACAAGUAAAGGUUUUCGGUGUAUCUGUCCAGAAGAAUUCAGCGGAGGAGAAGUUUGCCAAGGUAUU